AUGGCCUCAGCAUUGGAUCAAUAUCGCACCGUCAGCGCAGCAUGGGCGGAGGGUCGACUCGAGAAUGUGUUGCAGCGACAGAAAGAGCUUGCCUUGUUACAUGCCAACAUCAAAAGCUCAUCUAGAAAUCUAAUUGAGGCCAUAUGCAACGAUCUCCAAACUUCAAAAGCAAGCGCAGCUGAUGAAGUCCAAUUGACCCUCGACUCGAUCAAACAUCUCUACGACGACCUUGACUUUCCGAGUACAUUGGUCAAGGAGAAGCAGAUCAAGAAGGGAGGCAGUUCAUCUAGCAACUUGAUUGCUCUGGGUCCCGUUCUAAUUGAUCCCUCUCCCUACUCACCAUUUCUCAGCGUAAUUGCACCGCUCGCUGCAACUGCAGCAGCCGGAAGCUCCGCAAUCGUAUUGGCCACAUCAACGUCUGACAAGCUCAAUGCCGAGCUUCACACCCUGAUCACCAAGAGUUUGGACGUCGAAGCUUUUGUCAUCACAGAGAGUGACUCGGCUGAUAUCCGUCGAGAGCUCAGCAAACAGCACUUUGGUGCUGCUGCCCUACAGAACUUGUCUCUGCGCGACGACCUCUUUGCAUCGCUUCACAAAACAAACCCAUUGAUCAGAGUGCUUUCGCCACCUUCAGGAAUCUCCGCUGCGUUUGUUGAUCGCUCUGUCCAAGAUCUCCGAGCUGUCGCGAGUCACCUUAUAUCCUCUGGUCCGAUAGCACCUCGCUAUAAUCCUUUGCGAGCGCCACGUCUCGUUUUUGUUGACGAAAUACAUAGUUUGCAGCUUUACAAGCUCAUACUUGCAGAUUCCAGUGCAGAUGCAUCACUGUCCUUUGGCGACAGCGGAGACCAAGCUCUGGCUUUCGAUAAGCUUCUAAUAUCCGCAUUUCCAACCUCGAGACGCAACCUGCCGAAACACGUAUCCGGCCAUCUGCCUGCCGUCAUAGCAUUGGAUACUUCCGAUGCCAUUGUAGCUGAACACGUCCAAAGGGCCGUGGAAUUGUUUGCAGGCAGCGAUAACGGCCUUCUACUAGUGCCAACUCGAAGUUUGGACCAUGGAAUCGAUAUUCUCGGCAAGAUUAACGCAAAUAACCCCUCGCAGGCAACGUACAUCUUUGCAUCCUCUGAGGCUUCUUCCUACGUCGCCAUGUUCACGAACACACUUCAGGUUUUCAUCAAUGCCAUCCCUCAGUGGUCACUGGUCACUAUUGCUCCUUCAACACCAUUCAUCGAGAGUCGCUUGCUAUACCGCAGAGAAGACUUUUCUGUCAACAAACCAAUCUUGCAAGACUUUAUUCAUCGGAUUGACUUCGUCAACGCAGAAAAGGAGUCUACUUGGUCUCUCUUGUCCCAUCGUUUGCAGCUGGCUAAGAUCAAACAGCCAAAAGGCGGAAGACUGAGUUACUUCGAGCGAGGCCUGUUGGUCGGGCUGGCUCUAUCACUAAUCGCGGUUUCGGGUACGGGACUUGGUAUCUACCGAGGUAUUCUACACUUUGCCAAGCGGUCUUGA